AACCGCAUACUCACCCUCCUCCUCCUCCUCCUCCUCCUCCUCCUCCUCCUCCUCGUUCUCGCUCGUGGUUCCUGACCAUGUCGUUCUACAACAACAACAGCCGCAGCCCUCCGCCGCUGCAGCACCCAGUUCCGACACACCCAGCCUACAUCCCUGAGCCGCCCUCGACGCCAGCAUCACCGCAGGGCUACCAACGCUACGCUAGUUCACCGCAACCUCAGGUGCCAUAUGCCCCGAGUGUGCCCACAGGCAGCCAUAUCGGUCGCGCGCCCCAGGCGCCACAGUCGUACGUCUCGCAUGCAAGUGGGUACCCGCCCGUGGGCUCGCCGCCGCGGCAGCAGCCGACAGUGCGGGGGCAGGUCCCACAGCCGAAUCCAACGGCGCCGAUGCCGGUAGACUUUUCUGGGUGGGGGUUUGAUGACGCCACGGCCCAGUUUGGUAUGCAGCUCGGCCAGAACGCGGUCGCGGCAGGGCAGGACUAUGUGCAGAAGAAGCUCGGCGGGCUCAUCCCCAUCACGGCCGUAAAGCACCACUUCAAAGUCUCCAACUCGUAUGUUGUCAAGAAAAUUGGGCUUGUGCUCUUCCCAUGGCGGCACAAGCCCUGGGCGCGGCGCACGUAUCGCACGGAGAAUGGCCAGGCGGAAUGGUUACCACCGCGCGAUGAUAUCAACUCACCCGACCUCUAUAUUCCUACGAUGGCGCUUGUCACCUAUAUCCUUCUUGCUGCGCUUCACUCUGGCCUGAACUCGCGCUUUCAUCCCGAGAUUCUUGGUGUGACUGCAUCCAAAGCGCUCGCCGUCGUUCUGCUCGACUUUUUCUUCGUCAAGGGUGGCUGCUACUUCUUGAACAUCCAAGGGCCAAGUCAAGUACUCGAUCUUCUGGCAUAUGAUGGCUACAAAUUCGUGGGUGUCAUCCUGACCCUUGUGGCAGGUCUACUCAGCUUCGGGCGGACGAUCUACAUCAUCAUCUUCCUCUACUCCUUCCUUGCGACGUUCCUCUUCCUCCUACGCUCGCUCCGUUCGCUCGUGCUCCCGGACGCGUCUGCGACAGCGUCGCCAGUGAGCACUUCGCAGCGCUCGCGGCGUAUAACGUUUCUGUUUCUUAUUGCUGCAAGUCAGCUGUUGUACAUGGGUAUGCUUGUGCGUGUCUAGGAGAUGUUACUAGCCUCGCAGUGUGAUAUAGAGCUGCAAAACGUUACCCAUCGUUUAAUCUUUUGUCAAAGAGCAGCUAGUAUUGAUGUGCCGAAUCUAGCUUCUAUCCGGAAAAUCUCCGCUUGCCUUACACGAACAGAACCCAGAUGCAUUGACCGUAAUAAUUCAUGCGCACCUGGCACAUAUAUGCUGCCGUCCACAGAAGGAUAGCCAUUGGAAGCGAUGAACACCCAGCUGGGCACGCGCUAUCAUGUUGUUGACAUCAGGCGAGGGUAGGGCGAGGGCCAGUGAGGCGCGGUGUUGACACCCACUUGGCUGCUGUAGAGACAUCAGCGUAGACGCGAUAGCAAGGAAGGAGCAGCGCCACAACAUCUUAGUGGCGCAUGCUCAUGGCGACCAUAAUGUUGUUGUACCCGACUUUGGAGUCACGGCACAUCAGAAUGCGAAGGUCGGGUAAGCAACGUUCCCCGGGCAGAGGCGGGAUGAUCAGCACAGAGCCUCU